UAGUAAUAAUAUAUAGGUUAUUCAUAAUAAAUUGUAAUUAAUUUUUCUUAAUUAUUGCUUUUACUUUGUGCGCGAUACUUAUUGUUUAUUGUACUGUCCAAAGAAAUACAAUGGCCAUUAUAUUUUAUUCUGUAAUGAAUAUAUGAUUAUCAUCAUUAAGGAAAGGAUUUUUGGGAAUUUAUCAUUUAUUUGGUGAAGGAAAUUGGUUGAGGAUGCCGGAAGGUUCAUCGAAAAUUGUUGUACCGGAAGGGAAAGUGCCGGAUGAGUUAGAGAAGCAAGUAUCAAAUGCGAUCGCAGAUUUAGAAAAUAAUUCUGAUAUUCGAGCUCAAUUACGUGAACUUUACAUCGUCGGCGCAAAGGAGGUCGAUGUACCAAAUGCAAGUAACAAAAAGAGCAUCAUCGUCUAUGUACCUGUACCACAGUUACGACAAUUUCAGAAAAUUCAACCUCGCCUUGUGCGUGAAUUGGAAAAGAAAUUUAGCGGCAAGCAUGUCGUAUUCAUCGCUAGGCGACGUAUAUUACCAAAGCCUAAACGCGGUAAGAAUAGGAAACCACAAAAGCAGAAGCGUCCGCGUUCACGUACGCUGACUGCGGUACAUGAUGCUAUGCUUGCUGAUUUGGUAUAUCCGGCUGAAGUAGUUGGACGGAGGAUCAGAGUGAAAUUAGAUGGAAAGCGUAUUAUGAAGGUACACCUUGAUAAGACUCAGCAGACAAAUGUCGAACAUAAGAUGGAUACAUUCUCUGCAAUCUACAAACAUCUGACAGGAAAAGAUAUUGCUUUCGAAUUUCCAGAACCUCUAUUCUAAAAGGAUCAUUUUUUGAUUGGUUUUUGUUAUGUUUGUUGAUAAAUGUAUGGUUAAAUUAAUGAAGGUUCUACUGUACAAACGACAUGAAUGGAGAUCCAAAGAAUAAACUUUUCCUUCCGGCAGGGUGACACAUCCGUGUUGUACUUCGUUGAGUGCUAGUGACAGAUAGUGA